AUGCUGCCCGCCCAGAGAAACAAGGUCGACAUCUCGUCGCUCAACGAAGAGGAGCAGAAGCUCUUCCGACUUUACGGCAAGCUUCCCAAGAAGGACCUGCUGCAGAACAGGCUCAAGGAGCGCAAGUACUUUGACUCUGGAGACUAUGCGCUCUCCAAAGCGGGAAAGGCACCGCAGCAGUCGGUCGGUACCGCCAUCCCUAACCCCGAGAUGAUCCCUCACGCCUCGACGGUCACCUCGCCCGGCGCGAACGCGGUUUCGCCUCCCGGCUCGCUUCCUGGUCAGCAAGCCGGUGGCCUGGCCGGUCCCGUCAACGUUCCUGGAGCGGAGCGACUCGCGUCGCGCCCGCAAGUGAGCGCAUUCCCCAUCAGCGGAGCUGGAUCCAGCCCCGCACCGAUGCCGUUCAUCAUCCUUCCCCCAGCGUCUACAGCAGCUUCCUACAGCGUGCACAUCAUCCAUCUCCACUCCGUCUCUACUCUGUCGUCGUCACCCGCCGUAUGCCUCGGACCGCGCCCUCAUUCGCAAGAUUUUUGGAACAACUCGGCAUCCCCCUUCUCUGUAGCUCUGCACGUGCGCGCCGGGCCACGGCAGCAGACGCCAGGGUCGCUCGUCGCUCACAUUGGACAGCACCGCUGCCAUGUACAGCAGGGCCAGUCGAUGGCAGGCACGCGAGCUUUUGCGUUCCAAACUUCGCUCGUCUCGGUGCUCUCUCCAUGGUCGUGUCGAAAAUGGACGACGCCUUGCCCGAGUCAUUUGCAUCUUGGUAGCGAGCGUGGCUCCGGGAAGGCGCUCCACAGGCUGGGCGGAAGGCGCAGCAAUAUGCUCUCAGCAUCGCGCUUUCCCUUUGCCUUUGAAGACCCCGAGGUUGCGCGCCAUGAUGCCAGUAGGCGACCGCGCGUCUUGGUCUCGUUCGACGCAACAGAGCAUUGGUAG